AUGCGGCACGGUGAGGCAUUGGCACAUGAGCACCGACAGCACGCUGCAGCUCUAGCGACCACAGCGGAAACGUCGGUCACGCCGUCAGAGCCCCCUCACUGGAAGUCGUGGGCGCUGACGGAGGUUGUCUAUCGCCAGCACGACCUGCUCAGCAAGCUCUUCGGCAUCUCUUCCAUCGUCCCUGUAGCGAUGAUGGUGGUCUUGGUUGGGCUGACGAGUGCGCCGUGCCGCGAGCGUCGCAUACCCGCCAUGAAUCUUAUUCUUUACCUCAUCCUGAGCGUGUGCCUGAACGUGGUGCUCAAGGCAGCCGUCCGCAGCCCCCGCCCCGCUCACCCAGCUGCAGGCAUCGGCUACACCACAGUGUACGGAAUGCCUAGCGAUCACGCGCAGUUCAUGGCGGGCUUUUCCGUUUACCUCCUGCGCCGCUGGGCACACGCGCGACGCCAUCGCACGGAACGACGCAAAUAUGGUCAUCUCCAGCAGCGGGAGUCCGCGUCCGCAUCGGCGGCGCUGACAAGGACCUCACCGCCGUAUGCACUUGUGGCAUUGCUGCUGUUCGCGACGCUUUUCAUCGGCGUCGGCCGUGUCUACAAUGGCUACCACACCGUUGGACAAGUGCUCGUGGGGUGGAUGGUGGGGAUCGCGCUGGCGCUGGCGUGUACCACCGCGCACGUACAACGCGGUCUCACGUGGGUGUCGGAGAAGGCGCUGGUGCCAGUCAUGCUUGCUUGCACCUUCUGGACGGAGGCGAUCUGCUGA